AUGCCUUCAGGAUCUUGCUUAUGUGGCGCCAUCAAUUUUGAAUAUACUGGCGAACCGGCCAUUACAGCUGUCUGCCAUUGCAAGGAUUGCCAGAAGUGGGCGGGCGCCGCUGCCAGCACCAACGUAGUCGUUCCCCACGCCCAAUUCAAAAUCACCAAGGGCACCCCAAAGAAACAUGUCUCGAUUCCUGACUCCGGGAAGCCAUACCCUCGAUUCUUCUGCGGUGACUGUGGCACCUCUCUCUACGGCCAGCCAGAAGGCAUGGACGGCCUCACGGUCAUAAAAGCCGGAACCCUCGACAAUGGUGCGGCAGAUAUCCCAAUGGCGGCUGAGCUUUAUAUCAAGGAUCGGGUGAGCUUUAUGAAGCCGGUUGACGGCGCCCUGCAGAAGGAGAUGAUGCCAUAA